AAUAAACCACAGCAGGCACCGGUGUGAAAAUAUGUCCGGAUAAAAUGAUAGUAUAUUUGCUCCUUAAUCGUGUCCGUGAAACGUUUAUUUUGAAACCGGAACUGCUUUGUUUAUCUUACUGGAGUGAGACUUGCUGCCGACAUGCACACACGUGGAUAAUGGAGCUCAGCAAAACAGGACUUUAACAACUACUUGACAGUCAGCUGUCUUCAUCUUCCAGAACCGUAAAAAAACAAGAUGAAGGGGAAAGAGAAGCGGCGGCGGGAGCCGGCAGCCUCAAAGAAGAAAAACAUGGCGGCGAGCAGCAGUGAUGAUGAAGACUCUGACGUGGAGAAGAACUUCGCUCUGCUCGCUGAGAGGGGAGGAGGAGGAGGAGCUGAGGAGGGAGAGCGGCACCAUGGAGGAGAUGAAGAACUCAGUGAUGAUGACGAAGAAGGGUCGGAUGGUGGUGAUGAGGAAGCGGAAGACGAGGAGGAUGUUGGCGAGGAAGCGUCUGAUGAUGAAGUAGAGGAGGAGGAGGAGGACGUUGAGGGGGUCGAAGAAGAGGAGGGAGGCAGUGAAGGCUCUGAGGAUGAGGAGGAGGAGGAUGAUGAAGACGCAGAGGAUGCUGGCGGCAGCGGUGAGAUCCAGACAAGAGAAGACAUUAAAAACGAACUUUCCAACAUGUCGUUUGAGGACAUCGUGAAGCUGCAGAACAAAGUGGGAACCAAAGUUUACAACGAGGUCGCGUACGGCAGCGGCAAGAGCCGCGUCGAGACCCGCAAAAAGAAACGGCUGAACAAGAACAGGCCGACGGAGAUUUCAGCCAAGAGACCGGCUCCGUUCCUCCGUCAGGUCGUCCCCGUCAGGAAACCGAUGAUGAGAGAUCCUCGGUUUGACGACCUGUCUGGAGAAUACAAACCUGAGAUUUUCGAGAAGACGUAUAAAUUCAUUAAUGACAUCAAACACAGAGAGAAAGAGAUCGUCAAGAAGCAGCUGAAGAAGACGAAGAAGAACAACCAGAGGAAGGAGAAGCUGCACUUCCUUCUGAAGAGGAUGGAGAACCAGGAGCGAGCGAGGAAGAGCCGCGAGCAGCAGAGAGAGAGAGAGCUGCAGUUCAAGAGGCAGCAGAGAGAACGAGCCAAUCAGGGCGCUCGGCCGUUCUUCCUGAAGAGCUCUGAGAAGAAGAAGCUGCAGCUGGCUGAGAAAUACCAGGAGCUGAAGAAGAGCGGCAAACUAGAGAAGUUCCUGAGCAAGAAGAGGAAGAGGAACGCCGGGAAGGACCGCAGGAAGCUGCCCAAACAGCUGCAGAGCAAGACGGCUGCGUGACGCGUCCGGCGACGCCGAAACACCCGAAGAAGAACCCGCUGUCGGUCCUUCGGCGUGUCGGCUGAGCAGCCCGUAACGAGCCGACUCAGCCUGCGGGUGGCGCUGCAGUCUGUUUGACGUCAUCACCGGAGUCCGUCACGUUUAUUUCACUGUCAAAGUUACAUCAUCUCCUACAGAUUCAACGAUGCUCGCCAACAGUUUGUUCUGAGCGUGAAACUUAAUUCUCGACCUGGAGAACGAACAAAAGAAUCUCACCCCGAGGUCCACUUACUAGCCUUUUCUGGGACUUUCAGCCACAUCUCACGGUCUUCAUAAGGGAAUAGUGUUUGUACUGGAUACUGGGAUCACAGAAGUCGGAGAGUCCAUGAACUGUGAACUUAAACGGUCCAAAUAAAGUUCACUAAACAUCGACUGAUGGAUUUUUCUGAACUGAAACUGUCGCCUGGAAGAAAAGAAACGUUUGUUUCACUGCAGAGAAAUUCUGGUCUGUUUGUGCUACGAGCAAGUGGCCGCUAUACCAAUUUGUCCGUUUGAUGUAGUUUUAUUCUGAAAUUCCAAGUUAGAAUAUCAGCCGAGUGUCCAGUCGCAGCUGUACAGAUGUUCUGUGAUCAGAAACAUCUGGUUCAUGCUGAACUUUCCAAAUGUUCACUUUUACUAAACAGCAUGUUUGUUUUAAAAUAAAAUUCUAUUCGCAUG